AUGACGAGAAAAAGAAUAAAUCAGUCGAGUGAUGGAAGCAAUCAUACACCGGAGAGACGAAAUUUGCAGCACCAUUUAGACGCUCGUCACCCGAAAAGAAGCAACACGGAUAGCGAAGGAAGCUUUGCGAACUACGGAUAUCAGGAUUCCGAGUAUGGAUCUUCACGGGCAACAAAUGAAAAAAGAACUUUUCCACGCAAAGGAAACUAUCAAUCAUCAAAUGACAUUCAAGAGUAUACCUCGAAUUACGAUCGAGAAUAUACAUCUCAAAAUGAUCAAUACGCUGCAGCAAAGGCAGAAAGUGAGUAUCCCAAAGAGGUUGUUACCUACUUGCGAAAUAUGAAUCGAAUAGCAACGGAAACCGCACUAGAUGAUCUGGCGAUUGAAAAAUGUAUUGAAGAGGUAAAAGGAUAUGAAGAGGCCCUGUUAAAAUAUCCGGAAUCUGCAGGAGUAGUUGAAAAACUCUUCGGCUCUAACUCACGCGCUUCUUUGGAGUUUCUCAAAUUGAUUACAAAGUUGAAACAUAAAACGAUGAUCGAUAUGAUGUUUAGUGGUUGCGGCAGUAAAACACUCGAAACCCUUUUAUAUGCGGCAAUUAAGGACCGAAGCUCGGAUGAUUUAAUACAGGUAUUGAACGUUUUUGUCGAGAUUUGUUGUGAAAAUUGGGGUCGCCUCGCAUUUGCACAAAAAUCCUGUUUCAUCAUUCGUUCACUUUUGCGUAUUUCGGCAGGCUUUAUACAAGAACCAGUUAAACCAGUCGCAAAAGAGGAGCCGAAAGAAGAUAUAAAAGAUACUGAAAUGGAGAAACUUUCAAGGCACAAUUAUGCUGCUAUUACUCAACUCGUUUUCGACUUUAAAUUUUUCCAAGAUGCGACUGAAAUGUUUUGUUCGUCGUCAUUGUUUCAAGAUGCAAUCAGAUGUGAGGCGAGUAAAAGCUCUGCUCGAAUUGACGCCUUAAUCGACAAAGCUAUCACCACGUCGCAAAACGAUCCUGACAUUUUGCUUGAGUCACUGAAAAGUCAAGUUGGUUCUGGAAUGUGGGAACAAUUGGCAAAAAGUUGCAGCGAAGAUGCUCGUUUAAGAUUAUGGAUGAGUGUUUUCGGGCCCAAUGUUUCUACCCUUGUGGACAAUCAGUACGCCAAUUUUCCUCUACAAAAACUUAUCGCGAGCGUGAAAUCUGUAGAAUUGGCAACCGACGUUUUCGAUGAACUUUCCGGUCACUUGACACAGUUGUUUACGAGCAAACAAUUUGGAAUAGUGUUGGCUUUGAUCACUUGUAUAUCAAAGUUCGACGAUUUGCAAAAUUCUUUUCUCAAAGUACUUCGGAAAUAUUUCAAUGCAAAUAAGGAGUCAAAUCGGUUACACUUUCUUUUCAACGUGCUGUCUAUGAAUGGUUGUGAACCGAAAAAAUUCAACGCUAGCUCCGUUGUGCCAAGGGGUUCACUUCUCGGAGAGUCGCUGUUAAACUUGACUCGGACAAAAACCAUUAGGGAGUGUCUAAAAGCUAUGCCGAAAGAAACGCUAUUUGCUUUGUCGAUACAUCAUGUUGCUAGUCAUUUCAUCGAAGCCGUCUUCAGCACAAGAAAUCUUGACCGAGAAACGAAACUGCACGUUGCAUCUUCUUACGAGGGUAAAUGGCCAUUGUUGAUUGACAAUUCGUAUGGUUCACACGUAUUUGAGCGUCUUUGGGACUCAGAAGCUUUUCCAGUUGAUCUGAAGGCCAAUUUUCUUACACAAAUAAAAAUGAACAUGCCGCGGGAUACCGGUAAAUUCUGGAAAUUUAUGCUACACCGAACGCAAUAUCAUCUAUUUCAUACAAAAAAGGGAGCUUGGUUUGAUCAAUGGAAGCAGAAGGGUGAAAUGACAGAAAGGAAAAAGAAACAUAUGGAAAAGAUCAAACAGAAAGCUGAGAAAAAGAAGAUAAAGAAGAUGGGAGAGUCCGCCGGCACGAGUGGUCAAUCGAGCAUUGCCGCCAUGCUCCUUGAAACUGCUUCAUCCGUGCUUCAGUCAUCGGUACCAGAGGGAUUCGAAUGGGUACAAGAAUAUGGAAUGUACUAUUCACCAACCACCCGCUAUUUUUAUGACAUGAAUACUGGUCUUUUCUACCAUUCGGACUCGCAAACGUAUUAUUAUUUUGAUGAAGCGACUGGAUCGUAUUGCGUUUAUGCAAACAUGCAAAAGAAAAAAUGGGCCAGAAGUCGACAUCAGAAGCACGCAGUUUCGCUGUUGGGAGAGAACGAAUUGCAAAGAUAUGGACAAGAUGAAGUCGACAUUUGUGAAUUGCUCUUUUCAACUGUGGACAAAGUUGUCGACAUGGAAUGGGAAAAAGAAUGCGAACGAAAAUAUGGAAGAAGACAUAAGGAACGGGAAAAGGAUCGCCACAGAAGACAUGAGCGACGAGAACGAGACGAUAAAAGAAAGAGAGAAAAAGAACGAGAGCGAGAGCGUGAACGUGAACGAGAGCGAGAACGAGAGCGCCGCCACAGGAAACAUAAAUCAAAGCGGGCAAAAUAUGACGGAGAUGAAGUGUACAUGUCGAGCGAAGAAGAUGAAGCAACAAAAAUCGCGCAAUCCGCUAAAGAUGGUAGCGAUGAUCAUUCGUCUUCUGGGGUUGAGGAAAAUGGAGAUGAUGAAAGAAUUCAAAUGAUGCGAGAAGAGGGAUAUUUGGAAGCGCCACUUUUAAGAAUCAUCGAUCAACUUGGCCAUCUGCACAUUGUAACGAUUGAAGGAGCUUGGGUGGGCUCGCAUCCUGAAGCAACAAUUCGCUUCGAUUCGCUCGCUGAGUUACAUGCAGAAAUCUAUUACGAUCCUGGAGACCAAGACCGCCCUCAUGGGUAUCAAAUGCGGGUGCUUGUAACGGAUGCAUCAACUUCUUUGGAUGGGCAUCAAUUGGAGGAAAACGACGAGGUGAUGAUCCAACAUGGUUCAUGGUUCACCGCCGGGGACAUUAUUUUAAUCAUUCACGUUCAUUAUGGCAUGAACAACUGCGCCAAAUGUGACCCUGGACAAAUGAAGUCAAUUGAAAAGAAAAUCGAAAAAUUACCAAAGCCUAUCAAUGGACGAGGGAAUGCGGCAAGACUUAAAGCUUUGAGCGCCAUGAAGAAGCAAUAUGGAGUUACAGAAAAUGAACCAUCAGAAACACGCUAUGUUGAUCGAGCAGCAAUGCGACGACAAGAAGUUGGCUCUGAGUAUCCUGUGAUACAACAAGUGGUACGACGUGGACGGGCAGAUUCAAAUGAUAUCUACUCAAAUUGUGCUGCAAGGCCUGUGCCUGGUGCGAUGAUUGCAAAGCCGAAAACAAUGGACACUCCGAUCGAGGCUGAAAACAAAGGUUUCAAGCUACUCAAAGCGAUGGGAUGGCAAGAAGGAAAGGGACUCGGAAAAGAACAAGGCGGACGUGCUGAACCGGUGGCUGUUGUUCAAAAGUCUGAUCGAGCCGGUCUUGGAACACAGGGAAAAGAAGCGCCCAAAUCACACAAACAAAUGAUGGUGGACGUAAUGCGAAAACGAUUUGAUGAGAUAACCGAGCGUGAGAAA